CACCCUGCCACUUGCCAGCCCAUGAAUAGUCAAUAACAAACCAACAGGCAGGAAAUGAAGGAGCAGAUGCUUAGUUCAGUGCCUGGUGUGAGUUGUAUUUAUGGAGAACUGAUUCCAAUCAUGUGAGACGGACUUUGUUUGCUGCUGAGGAUGAUAGAAACUUUCUUUUUCUCUAUUUGAAGACUGAUGGAUUCUCCUUUUGGACUUAGUGUGUUUGUCCACAACGAUGGAGGCUUUUGUUUAAAACUGUGAUUCUGAAGGCUGUUAGUUUCAGGUUGUCCCAGCAGUCUUUUGUGAGUGCUUCAGAGAGAGACGCACACACUGGAAUAGCUGUGAGAAUGUUUCUGUGGACUGGAAGUAAAGGAGCUCAAGGAUCAGGAAGUGAGAGAAGCAGGACCAUUUAUCAGAAGAUUCGCGAGUAUGAUAUUUUGGAGAAGAGGAGGACGGUCACAGCGCUGAAGGCUGGAGAGGACAGAGCAAUUCUCUUAGGUCUCAGCAUGAUCCUUUUCUCUGCCAUGAUGUACUUUGUGUUGGGCAUCACAAUGGUGCGCUCUUACUCAGACAGCGUUUGGACAGAGGAGUCGAACUGCACAGUGCUGAACUCCAGUGUAGUUGCUGAGAUUAACUGUAGCUACAGUUGUGGCUCCGAGUGCAGGAAGAGUUCCAGGUUUCCCUGCCUUCAGGUGUAUGUCAGUCUGAACUUCACCGGCAAAGUUCUGCGGCUGUCGUACAAUGAGGAGGCCCAUGAGGCCCACCCUGAGUGUUUUUACAUCCCAAAGUGCCGCAAGGAUCACACACUGAUGCACAGCAUUGUGAUGAACAUCUCGGAGCGACUGAAGACGCACCAACAGGUCUUGUGUUACUACGACCCCUCAGAGCAGCAAGACAGCGUCCUCCUGACACGUCUCUACGGCCGUGGGGCCAUCAUCAGCUCGCUCCUCUGGCCCACAUGCACGCUGGUGGGGGGCACGCUCAUCAUCGCAAUGGUGAAGCUCACUCAAUACCUGUCCUUCUUGUGCGAGCAGAUCAGCCGCAUUAAAAGGAUGGGGCUCUAUUCCCUAACGGGAGCUUCUCACACCAGAGUCUGCACUCGGAAGUUUAACGGCGGCAUCCAGGAUGGGGUUUGAAUUGUCCACGGACCCAUUUUCUGCUCUGUAUAUAGCGACAAAUGGUUUCCGCUCUCAUGUGGUCUUCCUCUGGCGCUCCAUCAGCCUUGCUAAUCUGCCGGGUUGUGUUGACAAGGCUGAAGCAAUGUUGUAAAUGAGAACUUCCUGUACCAUUGAGAUGAGACUCAACAGAGCUUCUAGUGGUCAUAGUUGAAACUUCUUAUGAUAAGAUUGGGUCAAGUCUAAUCUUGAAACUCAAGGGUCAAAAUAUGUGGUCAUGUUGUGGGGUGUCGAUUACACUUUCUGGCCAGCAGAUCAGAGACUCCAUUCCAAGAAGACGCCACUGUGUAGACAUAUGGCUUGACCAGCUGACGCUUGCGUAAUCGCAGAAAUUAAAAGUAGUAUGUAUACGCUACUUCCAUUCAUGGCUUUAUGACAAACACCUGUGGAUCUCUUCAAAGCCAAAGGUCAUAUGUUGAUUGUGACUGUACGGUGUCUCUUAAAGGGAUAGUUCACCCGAAAAUGAUGUCUUAAAGGAGAAGUCCACUUCCAGAACGACAAUUCACAAAUAAUUUACUCACCCCCUUGUCAUCCAAGAUGUUCAUGUCUUUCUGUCUUCAGUCGUGAAGAAAUUAUGUUUUUUGAGGAAAACAUUUUAGGAUUUUUCUCCAUAUAAUGGACUUCAGUGGUGCCCAGAUUUUGAACUUCCAAAAUUUUAAAAGUUUAAAUGCAGCUUCAAAGGCUCUAAACGAUCCCAGUUGAGGAAGAAGGGUCUUAUCUAGUGAAAU